AUGAGAAUGUCUUGUAAUGGAUGCAGAGUUUUAAGAAAAGGGUGUAGUGAAGAUUGUAGCAUAAGACCAUGUUUGGAAUGGAUCAAGUGUCCUAAAUCACAAGCUAAUGCAACUCUUUUUCUUGCUAAGUUUUAUGGUCGUGCUGGUCUCACCAACCUCAUCAAUUCUGGUCAAGAAAAUCUUCGCCCAGCAAUUUUUCGAUCAUUGCUAUAUGAGGCUUGUGGGAGGAUUGUGAACCCGGUUUAUGGUUCUGUGGGUUUAUUAUGGUCUGGAAGCUGGCAGCUCUGUCAAGCCGCGGUUGAAGCCGUUUUAAAAGGCGAGCCGAUUAAGCCGAUUGCUUCAGAGUCUGCGAGUGGCCCACCGUUGAAGGCCUAUGACAUACGCCACGUGUCAAAAGAUGGAGUCUCGGAGGAGACUCAGCGAGUCAAGACUCGGUCUCGGUUCAGACGAGCUGUGAAGUCGGAGCUCAGGAAAGAAACCGGUUCAGUUGAAGAGGCGAACCGGUCUGAAUCCUUGCGGAGUGAACCGGGGAAAGAUAAUGAGAGUGGGGUUUCGGUGGAAACUUCGAUACUUUUUCAUGAAGAACCGGAGUCUGAAGCUAAGGUAAAUGACCAAGCCCAGGAAGGUGUGAGUGAUGUUGGUUUGGAGCUUAGGCUUGGGAUCGAACCGGUUUCACGUGAACCGGAAUAUUUGGUCCCCAUAAAGAAGAGAAAAAUUGAGAUGAAGGAUUGUAGUGUUUCUUGCAAAGUAAAGCUUGGGCUUGAGUUUGUGGCUUAA